GUUGGCCGCGCAACUUCCGCGGCCGCCUACCUGGCGCGCAGAUGCGAAAGUUCUCGCGGCGCCGGAAGUCCCUGCCACGUGACCGGGUGACAGCGCUCGCCUGGCUGCAGGGCUGGCUUAGGUGCUGCGGCACGGGAUGGCGGAGGCGCCUCCUGUCUCAGGUACUUUUAAAUUCAAUACAGAUGCUGCUGAGUUCAUUCCUCAGGAGAGAAAAAAUUCUGGUCUAAGUUGUGGGACUCAAAGGAGACUAGACUCUAGUAGAAGUGGUAGAAGAAAUUACAGUUCACCACCUCCCUGUCACCUUGCCAGGCAACUCCCUUAUGAUGAUAUCUCUGCUGUUCAGCACAGUUAUCAUCCUCUAGGAAGCAAACCCAAGAGUCAACAGACUUCUUUCCAGUCCUCUGCUUCUAAUAAAUCAUCCAAGAGCCAUGGCCUUCAGAGUCAACCUUGGCACAAAUUGAGGAGUGAAAAGCACCACAUAAGAGUCAAGAAAGCACAGAAUCUCAUUGAACAGACCUCAGAUGUAAUUAACUUAGAAAGCCUGGCUAGAUUGGAGAGUGGGACAAACCCCAUAGAGCACAGCCCUUCUGAGAGUGAGAAGGAAGUUGUCGGUGCAGAUCCCAGGGGAGCGAAGCCCAAAAAGGCAACACAAUCUUUAUACAGCUAUGGCAAAGGACCAAAAGUCAAGGGCAAACUGAAAUGUGAAUGGGGCAACAGAAUAACUCCAAAACCUGAGGAGGCUGGAUCUGAAAAUACGAAGCCUGUGGUGAUUUUCCACCUUGACUCUUCGGAUGCAUCAUCUAGAAAAGGAGUGCUAGAUGGGUGUGGGGCCAAACGAAAUGAGCAGAGAAGAUACCCACAGAAAAGGCCUCCCUGGGAAGUAGAGGGGGCCAGGCCACGACCAGGCAGGAAUCCACCGAAACAGGACGGCCAGCGACAUACUAGUACAGGGCCCAGAAACAGCAUGGUUUGUGUUCCCAAGGACAGUCUCAGUGAAAGACCAACAAAGUCCGCCUGUGACAGUGGCAAUUUGGCAGUUGUCAACAAGUCUUCCAGAAGGGCUGACCAAGAGAAAUGCACUAUUCGGAGGCAGGAUCCUCAAAUAGGAUCUCCUUUCUCCAGAGGCAAACAGAACCAUGUGCUGAAGAAUGUGGAAACACAUACAGGUUCUCUAAUUGAACAGCUAACUACAGAAAAAUAUGAGUGCAUGGUGUGCUGUGAGUUGGUUCGCGUCACAGCCCCAGUGUGGAGUUGUCAGAGUUGCUACCAUGUUUUUCAUUUGAGUUGCAUAAAGAAAUGGGCGAGGUCUCCAGCAUCUCAAGCAGAUGGCCAGAGUGGUUGGAGGUGCCCUGCCUGUCAGAAUGUUUGUGCACACGUUCCCAACACCUACACUUGUUUCUGUGGCAAGGUAAAGAAUCCUGAAUGGAGCAGAAAUGAAAUUCCACAUAGUUGUGGUGAGGUUUGUAGAAGGAAACAGCCUGGCCAGGACUGUCCACAUUCCUGUAAUCUUCUCUGCCAUCCUGGACCCUGUCCACCCUGUCCUGCCUUUAUGACGAAAGCAUGCGAAUGUGGACGGACCAGGCACACAGUUCGCUGUGGUCAGGCCAUCUCAGUCCAUUGUUCUAACCCGUGUGAGAAUGUUUUGAACUGUGGUCAGCACCACUGUGCUGAGCUAUGCCAUGGGGGUCAGUGCCAGCCUUGCCGGAUCAUACUGAACCAGGUAUGCUACUGUGGCAGCACCACCCGAGAUGUGUUAUGUGGAACAGACACAGGGAAGUCUGAUGGAUUUGGGGACUUCGGCUGUUUAAAGAUAUGUGGCAAGGAUUUGAAAUGUGGGAACCAUACGUGUUCUCAAGUGUGCCACCCUCAGCCUUGCCAGCCAUGUGCACGCCUCCCUCAUCUGGUGCGCUAUUGCCCUUGUGGUCAAACUCCUCUCAGCCAAUUGCUGGAACUUGGAAGUAGUAGUCGGAAAACAUGCAUGGAUCCUGUCCCCUCAUGUGGAAAAGUGUGUGGCAAACCUCUGCCUUGUGGUUCCUUAGAUUUCAUUCAUACCUGUGAAAAGUUCUGCCAUGAAGGAGACUGUGGACCAUGUUCUCGCACAUCAGUUAUUUCCUGCAGAUGCUCUUUCAGAACAAAGGAGCUUCCAUGUACCAGUCUCAAAAGUGAAGAUGCUACAUUUAUGUGUGACAAGCGAUGUAACAAGAAACGGUUGUGUGGACGGCACAAGUGUAACGAGAUAUGCUGUGUGGAUAAGGAGCACAAGUGUCCCUUGAUUUGUGGGAGGAAACUCCGGUGUGGCCUUCAUAGGUGUGAAGAACCUUGUCAUCGUGGGAACUGCCAGGCAUGCUGGCAAGCAAGUCGGUGUCUUUACUAUAAAAAUUUUCUAGAAAAUCAGAAACAUGGAUUUUAUUUGGUUUAUGUGGUUUUCUUUAGAAAUUAUUUCCACUAUUCCCUUUCUCUUUUUGCAGUGUAUCAUUCUUGUCACAGUGAGGAGAAGUGUCCCCCUUGUACUUUUCUAACUCAGAAGUGGUGCAUGGGCAAGCAUGAGUUACGCAGCAACAUCCCCUGUCAUCUGGCUGAUAUCUCUUGCGGAUUACCCUGCAGUGCCAUGCUGCCAUGUGGGAUGCACAAGUGUCAGAGACUCUGUCACAAAGGAGAGUGUCUUGUGGAUGAGGCCUGCAAGCAGCCCUGUACUACCCCCAGAGCUGACUGUGGCCACCCAUGCAUGGCACCCUGCCACCCCAGCUCACCCUGCCCUGUGACUGCUUGUAAAGCCAAGGUGGAGCUACAGUGUGAAUGUGGUCGAAGAAAAGAGAUGGUGAUUUGCUCUGAAGCCUCCAGUACUUAUCAAAGAAUAGCUGCUAUUUCUAUGGCCUCUAAAAUAACAGACAUGCAGCUUGGAGAUUCAGUAGAAAUCAGCAAGCUUAUUACCAAGAAGGAAAUUCAACAAGCCAGGCUGGAGUGUGAUGAGGAGUGUUCAGCCUUGGAAAGAAAAAAGAGACUGGCAGAGGCAUUUGAUAUCAGUGAAGAUUCUGAUCCUUUCAAUGUCCGUUCUUCAGCAUCAAUAUUUAGCGAUAGUUUGAAAGAUGAUGCCAGGAAGGACUUAAAGUUUGUCAGUGACGUGGAGAAAGAAAUGGAAGCACUUGUGGAGGCUGUGAAUAAGGGAAAGAACAGCAAGAGAAGCCACUGCUUCCCUCCCAUGAACAGAGACCACCGCCGCAUCAUCCAUGAUCUGGCCCAAGUGUACGGCCUGGAGAGUGUGAGCUACGACAGCGAACCAAAGCGCAACGUCGUGGUCACUGCCGUCAGAGGGAAGUCUGUUUGUCCUCCUACCACACUGACGGGAGUCCUGGAAAGAGAAACACAGACACGGCCGCCACCACCGAUUGCUCAUCACAGACAUCAGACAGACAGGAAUCCUGGUAGCAGUAAUCUGCAGAAAAUAGCCAAGGAGCCGGUCAUUGACUACUUUGAUGUCCAGGACUGAGAAGAUCAAGAUGCCCUUAGAUCACAGAACGAUGAGGUGUCAUGGACACUUCUGCCAGCAGACCCACCCUGCUUGUCCACACUGUCGGGUGGACUCCCGGCCUCACGUGCUGUGUUGUUCCGACACAUCCAGAGCAUGAGUGUGUCAGAAACCCUCUCAUCUGGCCCUGUCCAUAGGAAGUACUUCAGUGUGACCAGAUCUCUUAACUGUAUGGUCACUAGCAUUUGAAGAGGCUCCUCACACUGUCACUGUGAUUACUCUGGGGGCUGGGGGAAUAUUGGACUUAAUUUGGACAAACCAGAAUUUUAGCCUGAAUUCAGCUUUAUGCCACUUAGUCAUUGUCUCAGUUGUCCCAGUUCUCCGUCCUCCUGAAAAUGCUUGGAACGUCACAUGGACCUUGUUUUCUUUAUCCAAACUGAUCCCAGUCUUUGGAAAGACAUAGUUAACUUCUCAAUUUGAAAUGCUCAGCACUGAAUUGGUACACAUUUUGUCUCAAACCAAUCACCUAAGUCUUUUGCCACGGAUGCUCAAAAGUAAAUCUGAUGGAAUUUAUUUUACAAUUUCCACUUCUGUCUGUUGUAGACCUAGGAGAGCAGUCAGAUUCCUUUACAGAAUUCCAUUUUCUUAAAUCCCUGGUGUUCCGAGCCUGUCCAGUGACGGUUGAGCCAUCCCUAUAAUGGCAGAUGACAUAGAGCAGGCACUUCCUUCUGUCAGGUCCACACUGGCUUCUCUGAACUGACCAGUGUAGCCCUAACUCCUCCCUGGUUGAUAAAGAGUCUCCCAUAACAUA